AUCUUUAAAGAUCCCCCAGAGAACUUUCGACUAUGGCGACCCUCGACGAGAAACUGGGUCGGAUCAGACUCCAGGCAACCUCAAAGCUCGCCAAUCAAAAGCAGCUGGCAGUCGUCCUCGGCGCGGUAGAAGACACCCUCCGUGCGCAGGGUAUCAAUGAGUUCACGCCUACGGCCUAUUUCGGCGCGUUAUUGACGUUGUUGGAUCAGUCAAUUGGCAACAAAGAGUUGGCGGGUAGUACGUUAUAUUUGUUGGAUGCUGUUACGCCAUCCACGCCGCACGGAAUCUUGAGGAGCAAGUUUGAUCAGAUUCUUGGGUUAUUGGCGCCUGCGUUGGGGAGUGUUGGUAGUGAGGCCGAUGCGCCGCUCAUUCGGUCUACGAUUGGGUGUUUUGAGGCUUUGUUGAUUGCGCAGGAUUCGGCGGCGUGGGCUCAGCCUGCGUCUGGGUCCAGGAAGGCGUUGUUGGCCAUUUUGACGUUGACGCUUGAUCCGAGACCGAAGGUGCGGAAGAGGGCUGUGGAUGCCGUGAAUAAGGUUUUGAGCGAGCCGCCGCCGAACCCUUCACUCGAUCACCCCGCUUCUCAUAUGUGCGCUGAGAAUGCGUUGCGUGUGGUUAGGGAGUUGACAUCCGUCAAGAAGAAGAACUUUGACAACGCCAAGAUCAUCCACGCCCUUCAGCUCGUCAAGGCAAUCGCUUCCAUCGGCUCUGGCUGGCCAGCGAAGGAAGUCGAGCCGCUCUGCGAGGUCUUGUUGAGGGUUUCGGAGACUGGUGAUGGUUAUCUGACGAUGGCUGGAUUCGAGGUGUUCAAGGUCGUGUUUGAGAAGUUGGGAGAGGAGUUCAAAGCGGAUAAGUUGCAGAGGACUUUGGAUUCUGUGUACGAGUUGAGACCAUCGGAUAAGGAUUCUACGCUUUUGCCGAGUUGGUUGGCGGUUACGGCGCAGGGAUACACGAGUUACGCGGCUGUGGAUGAGGUUGCGGCAUUUAGCAGGGUUCCCACCUUGUUCAGGGCUAUCUUGCCUUACUUGACAUCCGACGCUACCACCAUCAGAUCUUCCGCGGCAGAGUGCUUGUCGACUAUCGUCCUCAACGUCUUCCCGGACGAUCUUUCCACUGUCGACACCAGAUUAUUGACAGACAUCGCUUCUUCCGUACAGGAGGCCUUGACGAUUCGCUACCGUCUCGCCUGGCGCGAGGUCUUCGGCAUCCUCAAGAACCUCUUCCAGAAGCUUGGCAGGGCUGCUGAUCCCUACCUCGUUGACAUCGUCAAGGCUGUCGGCGACUUGCGUUCCGCUGAUAACUUUGAGGGCAAGCAGGAGGCCAACCAUGUUUUGGGUGCCGCGAUUAAGGGAAUGGGACCUGAGUCCGUUCUGCGCGUUUUGCCCUUGAACUUGGAGAAUGCUGGUCCGAAUGUUGUUGGUCGGGCGUGGUUGUUGCCGGUGUUGAGGGAUAGUAUCACAAACACCCGUCUUGCGCACUUCGUUGAGGAGUUCAUCCCGUUGUCUGAGAGGUUGUUCCAGCGUGUUGUGGAGCAUGAGGGUGAGAAGACGAUUGAGGUCAAGUUGUACGAGACCUUGGUUGACCAGAUUUGGUCGCUGUUGCCUGGAUACUGUUCUUUGCCUACGGAUUUGACUGAGGCGUUCACGGAGCAGAUUGCGGAGUUGAUGGCGAAUAUUCUGUAUAAGCAGGUCGAGUUAAGGCCGAUUAUCUGUCAGUCGCUGCAGUUGCUCGUUGAGAAGAACAAGGCGCUCAGGGAUUCUGAGAAGAGUGAUGAGGAGGUGAGGAUCAAGUACACAUUGACGAAGGAGGAUGCUGUUAAGAAUAUUGCGUUCUUGCAGCCUUACUCGUCUAAAUUCUUGGCUGUUCUGUUCAAUGUUUUCAGCCAGACGCAGCCUCAUUACCGUGGGUACAUUAUGCAGUGCAUUCAGUCUUACCUCAGCAUCACCGCUCCUGAGGAGGUUGCUUCAACCUUCAACAACGUUGCGGGUUUGUUGAAGAACGCGCUCGCCGAGCCCAUUCCUCCUAAGAGCUCUGACCCCAAUGCUUUGCCGCCUACCUCCUACACCAUGAUGGAUCUCGUUAUUGGUAUGACUCCAUACGUCCCUGCUGAGGCUCAGGAGGUUGUCUGGCAGAUCUUCACGGCGUUGAUUGCCCGCGAGGACGAUGUUCAGCUCCAGAAGAAGGCAUACAAAGUCUUUGUCCGUAUGGCUGAGUCUGAGGCCUUGAAGCCUUUCUUGGUUUCCAAGAUCGACGAUAUCAUCAAGGGACUUGUCGCUACCUCCUCGACUGGACCUGCUGUCAGGAAGGACCGUUUGUCUGUUUUCGUUCACGUGGUUGAGCUUUUGCCUAAGGACAGCCUGUACUUCAUUCCUUCGGUCUUAUCAGAGGUCGUUAUGGGAACGAAGGAGCAGAACGAGAAGGCUCGCGGUAGUGCUUUUGACUUGUUGAUUCAGAUGGGUGACAAGAUGAAGGAGGGAGGAACGAUUGUUCAAUCCAAGGUUGUCGAUUUCGAUGAUGAUGCACCGAACGUUAACGCUACCAUUGAGGAGUACUUCACUAUGGUUUCUGCUGGUUUGGCUGGUAACACGCCCAACAUGGUCAGUGCUUCCGUUACGGCGCUUACUAGGCUGAUGUUCGAGUACUAUGAGUUGUUAACUCCGGAGUUCUUGGACGACCUUCUUUCCACUCUGGAUUUGUUCAUUCAAUCCAAGAACAGAGAGAUUGUCAAGUCUGCGAUUGGUUUCUUCAAGGUUGCGACUAUCUCGCUUCCUGUGGAUGUCAUGGUUGCUCGUCUCCCUACCCUUUUGCCUAACCUCAUGGUAUGGUCUAGAGAGCACAAGAGUCACUUCAAGGCCAAGGUCCGUCACAUCAUCGAGCGUAUGAUUCGACGAUUCGGGUUCGAAACUGUGGAGAAGCACGUGCCGGAGGCUGAUAAGAAGCUCAUGACCAAUAUUCGCAAGACCAGGGAGAGAGCAAAGAGAAAGAAGAACGUUAAGGUUGACGAGGCUGAUGAUGGUGAGGCCAAGCCGACUACUAACUUCGCUUCUGGAUUUGAGGAGGCGGUUUACGGAAGUGAGAGUGAAUACGGCUCUGAUGGUUCUGACGUUGAAAUGGAGGAUGCGCCUGCGAAGGGUCAGAAGCAGAAGAGACAACAAGCUUUCAUUCAGGAUACUGGUGAUGAGCCGCUUGACCUUCUUGACCGCUCUGCCACAUCUCACAUUUCCUCUACCAAGCCAUCCGAUCCUCGCGGCAGAAGGGGUCAGGCUCCAUCGGCCAAGGGCAAUUUCAAGACGGAGGAUGGCAAGUUCAAGUUCGAUGAGUCCGACGACGAGCCAAACGGCAGCCUCGAGGACGGUGUCGCAGCUUACGUCGAGGCUAUCAAGAACAAGGAGAGCGUCAGUGGACGUCGUGGUGAGCGGAAUCGUGUUCGCUUCAGCAACAAGCGUGAGCGUGAUGAUGAUGAUGAUGUGGAGAUGGACGAUGUCGAUGAGGUGGCCGCACCUGCUAAGCGAGCAAAGGGUGACCGUCCCUUCGCACGACCUCGCGGAGGAAGGGGUGGACGUGGAGGAGGCGAAGGAGGUGGACGUGGAGGCGGUCGUGGUGGCCGUGGUGGCCGUGGUGGCCGUGGGGGUCACGGAGGUUCUGGCGGACGUGGAGGAGGUUCUGGCGGACGUGGAGGAUCUUUCAACCGUGGAGGCUCUCGUGGUGGCCGAGGUGGUAGGGGUGGUAGGAACUAAAUCUCAUAGAGACAGCACGAGUAGUGUCAGUGUCGCGAUUUUGCACAAUCACCUAGUCAAGGAAGCGAUAUCAUUUCAUCAGGAACAAUCAUACGAU